GUCUUCUUCGCAAGUUCUGUAACUGGAUCGGAGCUGCGAGGGAAGCAGGAGGAGGAAUUGGUGUGCUAGGGCGGAGGGGAACGGAUCAUCUUUAGCAAUUGCAGUAACCGCUUGCUCUACGUAUAACUCUCAGUUAGAAGGCGCUAAACGCUGAUCGGGGGGGUGGGGAGAAACAAUCGGAGACCUUGAAGUACCUUUUAAGCAUCCUGAAAUUUCCAGGGAAUGAAUUUGUAAUACCUGCAGGAUGUGAAAUUCUGGUAUACUUCUUGUCUUCUGCCCCACAGCUUGAAGCAGCAAUCCAGUUCAUCUCCUAUGCACCUAUGAGAAUCCUGGACUCUUUUCCUCAAAAGCCCAGAAUGGCAGUGGAUGUAGCCAUGCAAUUCUACUUGCGAGCGCCCUCUUUGCGGAAAGAGAGCUUUACCUACAAAAUAGCCCCAAAGAUCAAGGCACCUUUGCGACCCUGCAUCCAUGUAAACAGCAGCCCGGAGCUGAACAAGCUGGGGUCAGAGGUCCAAGCUCUGCAGGGGAACAGAGUGAAGAAAAGGGUUUCUUUUGCGGACAGCAGGGGCUUGGCUCUGACAGUGGUGAAAGUCUUCUCAGAAUUUGACGACCCCUUGGAUAUUCCCUUGAACAUCACAGAACUAAUAGACAAUAUCGUGGGCCUGACCACGGUGGAUCACGAUGACUUUGUCUUGGAUUUCGUACAGCCUUCUGCAGAUUACUUGGACUUCCGGAAUCGCCUCCAGGCAGAUUGUGUUUGCCUUGAGAACUGCAUGUUGAAAGAUAAAGCUAUUAUGGGUACGGUGAAAGUCAGGAAUCUGGCAUUUGAGAAGGCUGUCAAGAUUCGGAUGACCUUUGAUACUUGGAAAACCUUCACAGAUCACCCAUGCCAAUACGUGAAGGACACCUAUGCCAGUUCCGAUAAGGAUACCUUCUCCUUCGAUGUUAGCUUGCCAGAGCGGGUUCAAGCCCAUGAAAGAAUCGAAUUUGCAGUGUGUUAUGAAUGUGAUGGCAAAGUCUACUGGGAUAGCAACAAGGGAUUGAAUUACAGGAUCAUACGCUCUGAACUCAAAUCGGCUCGGGAGAUUUCACAGCCUUGUAGUGAGCCGGAUUUUGGGAUUGCCUUUGAUCAGUUUGGAAGCCCGCGGUGUUCUUAUGGUUUAUUUCCUGAAUGGCCUAGCUAUUCCGGAUAUGAAAAACUUGGUCCUUAUUAUUAAAUCAGAGACUCGGGGUUAUAUUUGCUGCACAAGAAUGAAGGGACAGAGAUAGAAAACCCUCUUGGGAGGUGGUUGCAGAGUCAGAGUAGGCAAAAGAACUGCAGUUUGUACUUACAGAAUGGAAACAAAGAGAAAUGUGAAAACUCCUGGCUGCAAGGGUUUUUAGGGCAGAAUCUCUCUUCGUGUUUCCUUUGGAUUUAAACAAAAGGAGAUGGUCUCCUGUGAGAUGGCUGCCACAGAUCGAAUUCAGCACUUGGUGCUGUUGUUUGGGCAAUUUGGUUUGUGUUUAUCCUUUGAGAUACAUUACAGUAUUGGUAGCUGUGCAGAAUAGAUUCCCCCCUCCUUUUUCCUUUCUGUAUUCUGGAAUCAAACUUGCUGUGCACCUCUCUGAUAAAACCAACUCUCUGAGAAGAAACAAGAUGCAGGGAUGAGCUAAACAGUCUUCCCACUCCUCUCUUAAUCAGAUUGUACAAUCUGUGAGAGGCUAAGAGUCCCAAAUGAAAAGACUAUAAUUUUAGCUCAGAUGAUCCUUUGCUUCCUUCCAUUUUAGGAAUUUCCUUCUGUAUGGGAAGAUUCCAAAAUGCUUACUCACCAUUCUGCCUGUAUCUCUUUUCCUAAACACAUAUGAAGAUUUAUUUCAGUGGCUGAGCCAGACGAGCCUAUGUGGCCUAGUCACAUAAUCCACCCUUAACCGACCUGGUGCCCUCAGGAUGUGCUAGACUUUAGUUCAAUCUCCAGGCGGGACAGUCAGUGGCCUGGAGAAGGCUGAUGUAGCAUUUUAGCUUCCACAAUAAGUAAUUAUUUUAUUUAGGUGAUUUUAUUUAUCUCCCUCCUCCCUUCUUUAUUAGGUGGUGGUAGACUGUUAAGAAUAAAAUUGUUUUUAAGUCUUAACUCCUCAUGACACCAUCUUAUUUACAUUUAAUUUUGUUCAGGCCUGUGGGCUUAGUCAUCUGGGUGAAGAACAUUUUAAAAUUUCAUUUUAUUUCAAGAAUUGUAUAAAAUGCCUAUAAAUUGAAUGUUACUGACAUAAAUAAGAUAUGUCAAAUAAUGGAUACCCACUCAAUCCAGUUGUCUGUUGUCUUCCUCAAUACACUUCUGCUCAGUAAUAGGAGCAUUUUAACUUGGUGGUAGAACAGACAUUUUGAAUUCAGACACAAGAAUGCUUGAUCUCUCUAGGGAUAUUAAUACUUGGUUUCAGGCUUUUCCCACUAGGCUGGACUAGAACCAAUUUAAAAAUCAAUUGUUUAUCACAGCAUAAAGAGGGUGGGCUAUAGUCAAUUAAAAAGCACAGAAAACACAUCAAAGUCUAAAAAAAAUUAUUAUACGAAGCUGAAAGACAUAAAACAGAAAGUAUAUGCAUAAAAACCAAAAGCCUGAAGGGAAGCUGAGAGAAAUUUUAGGAGAAUUAGAGGUGCAGGGGAGCUUAGAGAUUAGUCUAUAGCAGACUAAAUUUAUCACAGUACAGAGGACUAUAGAAUGAUGAA